AUAAUCUACGAGGCGGCAGAGAUAUUGCGCAUGCGCGCUGUGUCAACAGUCGGUUCACGCGGGACCUCAGUGGUUCUUCUCCGGUUCUCCGUUAGGCCUGACGGCUCCGGUACAGCCCCGGUACAGCCCCGGUACCGGCUGUUCGGACUGUUAAACUGCAGCACCACAAACGAACCGUUAGCUGCUAACAGCACCGACACUGUGAGGUUAGCCGGGAAGCUAACAGCUAACGCGGCUUGUUUUGGUUUGAAAGCUAGCAGCUAAUGUUAGCAUUACCUGAAGCGUCAAACUAACGUCCAACAAACGUCCAGGUAACAGAGCUCAGAUCUGUGACCAGCCAUAGAAGAAGAAGAAGGUGGCGAGGAGGAGGAGGAUGGCACCGGUGUCAGACGUGGAAGUGUCAGACCGAGGAGCGGCAGGGAGGACAGGCGGAGUGCUGUCAUUAGAUGACUGCCGCUGUCCAGUGUGUCUGGAGAUCUUCAUGGAACCAGUGACCCUGCCCUGCACACACACCUUCUGCAAGGACUGCUUCCUGGAGUCAGUGGACAAAGCCACGCUUUGCUGUCCUCUGUGCAGGAAGCGGGUUUCUACCUGGGCCCGUCUGAACAACAGGAACAACACGAUGGUCAACCAGCAGCUGUGGACCCGGAUCCAGUCCACGUUCCCUCUGCAGUGUCAGCGCCGCCUCAGCGGGCAGGACCACGCCAAUGAUGACGACCUGGGAGCUACCGACACAUCCCUGUGUUAUCCCAGAGUCAGUCAGCCUGGAGAAGUGAGGCAAGAGUACGAGGACCAGGUCACCAAGCUGACAGAAGAGAAACGUGUUCUGGACGAGGAGGAGAGGAGAGCCAGUGAGGAGUACAUCCAGAGACUGCUGGCUGAAGAAGAGGAGCUGCUGCAGGAGGACAGGAGGAGGCGAGAAGAAGACGAGAGGCUGGCUCGACAGCUGAGUACCCAGCUGAACUCUGCCAUUGUCUCUCAGGAAGUCGUCACUCCAGCCAAGAAGAAGGAGGUCAGCGGACAGAUCGAGAAGUUCUUGUGUCCUCGUCCGUCUAAAAGCUCGUCAGACUGCAGCUUCACAGCCAACAAGGAGAACAUCCUGGUCUCUCCAGUGAAGCUGCAGGCCGAGUGUUCGCCCCCUAAACUGGAUUAUUAUGGAGACACAUCAGAUCCUCCUCCACCCUCUGGGGAGGAGGAGGAGGAGGAACGGGAUCUCCCUGAGAGUCACAGGAGUCACCUGACUGGAGACGGAGGGCCCUCAUUGGCCAAGAGGAAAAGUUCAGAGCUGGAGACGACAGAGGAAGAGAAGGUGACCAAACGUGCGUGUCGCUCCCUGCCUUCCUCCUCUUCCUCCUACUCCUCUCUGGAGGGUGGAGGCUCCGUCCUGCAGGGGAUUGUGGACUGGGAGUCGGAGCUGCAGAGCCGACGGCAGCAGGAGGAGGAGGACCGCAGGCUGGCUCUGCUCCUGCAAAAGGAGCUAGACCAGGAGGAGAAGCAGAGAGCCACCGACAGACGCAAAGGAUCCUCCGAUGCCUAUCUCCUCCGCCAGAACCGACGAGGGAAGGAGGACGCCAGCAGCUCCCAGACCCCCAGAAGAUCCUCCACAAAGACUACAAAGACCUCCUCCGCCUCCUCCUCCAGAGGCAGCAAACAGACCACUCUGACGGACAUGUUCUCCUGCCUGAACAGCUGAACUCUGUCUGUACUAUGACCGUCACUGAACUGCUCAGAGGUUACCUCCUCACUGCUCCGUCUCCUCCUCAUUGCUCCUCCUCCUCGUCCUCCUUUUCUUCUUUUUUGUCCUCUCAGCAUGAACAAACAGAAUAAAACUGAAAUGUGCCGAUAAAUCUGCUGCUUUUAGUUACCAUGGAGACUUGUGGUCACAUGACGGAGGGACACCGUGGUCACGUGACAGGGACACGGGUAUAUUGGGCAGGUAAACAUGAGACAUGUUUCCAUGGUAACAUGUUGCAUCACACACAUUACCAUGGGAACUGGACAUGCAGUCACUGGUGUGAUGUGAGCGUAGCUUUAGCAUGUUGAUGUUUGAACAUGUGAUGAUGAAAACUUCAGGACUCAUCUUAACUAAGUGUGACAUCACUUCCUGUUUAUCAUUAUCAUCAUCUCUGAUGUCAUCCAGACUAAACGUAAAUCAGGAUCAACGCUAGCAAACCUUCCUGUAGCUGUCGUCUGAUUGGUUGACUAAAUAUUUGCUUUUCUGAUGUGUGAUGACUGUUUGAGCCUGAUGGGGACGCUGCUGUUCAAACCUGCUGUGACUGUUUAAAUGAGACUUAAACUUCAAUGAAGCUGUUCAUUUUUCAGCUAACUUCAAACACUGCUUCCUGUUUUGUUCCCAGGCGAGCUGAAAAAAAGAUUUUUGUAUUUUGACAAAUAAAGCCGUCGCUGAGUCGAACGUGUUUGAUUAUGUUCUGAUAGAUUAAUGAUGGAUCCAUAAGUUUUCAAAAUAAAGUUCUUUUCACUAACAAACUGUUUGUGAGGACAAAAACU